CAUCAUAAAAAAUAAUUAAUGGUUGACAGUAUUUAAUGAUUAUUAGUGUUAAUUAAUAGUUUAAUUAAUUUAUUGAAUUAUUUUAAAGUGAUUUGACGUAAUAAUUAAUAUAUGUCAUUGUUUUUUUUUUUUAUUUAAAUUUGUUAAAUGUGUCGCGGCGUAGAUUUUUUAUUGUGAUGUUGUUUUAUUAUUUUAAUUAGUUCUUUUUAUGUUAAUUAUUAUUUAUUUCAUAUUGGGAUAGUGAUGUGAAUUUGAUUUUUAUUAAUUAAAGUGUAAAUAAAAUAAUUGUGGAAAGUGUGACUGCGAGAACGACCGUUUUAUGUACAACUGUCAUGGCGGCUGUUUAAAAAAAGGCGGAAAAAUUUUUAAAUUUGAAUUGGAGAUAAGUAACAAAGUUAACAAUAUGUCUGAAAUUCCUGUUGUCAAUCAAAUCCAACAUUAUCAGAGAAGUAUCGAAAAAUAUCCUGACGACGAGCCAAGAGUUUUAAGAUGCAUAAGAAAAUUACACGACUUGCCGGUAACAGUGCAACACCUCCAGGAAACGGGGGUAGGAAGGACAGUAAAUGCACUGAGGAAAUAUGAUGGUACUGUUGGAGAUGCUGCUAAAGCUCUGGUUGCCAAAUGGAAAAUAAUGGUCGUUGAUGAGGAGAGCAGUGACUGUGAUGACGAUGAUGAUAACUGUGUACCAGAUGUCUCCGGAGGUUACACUGAUAAUUCAGACUCUGGUGUUGACAAAGAUGAAAGUCAUACUCGUACUUUAUCUAGCCAUAAAUUAAAUGAAUCGCAUGAACGUAGAAGUAAUUCAAGGCACGAAUCCAGAUCUUCCAAACAUUCAUCAAACAAUUCAUCAGAUUUAUCACGAUCUAAAUCAUCAAAUAAAUCAAACACUGAUAAUAAUGAUCGCCGUAGACAUCACUCGAAAUCUUCAUCUUCAUCAUCAUCAUCAUCGUCAAUAAAUAAUAAUGAUAAAUUAGAAGAUACCAAUACGCGACAUGAUUCUCGUGAGAAAAAAUCUAAAAGUCAUCGCGAGUCGAGUAGUAAAAGUGACAGACAUAGUUCCCGAAAAGAUGAUAAUAUAAGUAAUAACAGUAGUAAUAAGACAGUAAAAAAAGAUAAAGAUAAAGAAUCAUCGAAAGUGUCAUCGCAUGAGUAUUCUAAACAUAACGGACACAGUUCCAGUGAUCGUAAACGUAAACGCGAGAGUUCGGCAAAUGAAAAGCACGUGGAUAAACGACGACGAAGUUCAACAGUCGAUGAAUCUGAUGAUGAAGACAAAAGUGUUACUGAUACUAAUGAAAUUUCUGAUAACGAGUGUGAUAAAAUUAAAAUAAAUAUUAAAUCAGAGUCACCUGAGUCACCUCCGCGUGUUUCUAAAUCCAAGGAAACUGUUAGUGUUAAGAAAGAAAAGUCGAAAGAUAAAACCGGUGAUAGUGGUGAUAAAUCGAGGGAUGAUAAACAUAAACAUUCAAGUUCGAGUAGUAAACAUAAAGUUAAAAGUGAUAGCAGUAAAUCUUCAGAGCAUCGAAGGCAAGACAAAAAAAAAGAUGAGCUACGGGAGCCAUCAGCUUGCAAAUCACGCGGUCAUUCAACUUCUAGUUCUAAGGAUACUGAUAAAAAUAAACACAGUGAGAAAAGCAAAGAGAAAAAGUCACCAGAUAGCAAGGAUAAGGACAAAGAUAAGAGCAAGGAUAAGGAUAAGAAACAUAAAGAGAAGAAAAGCAAAAAAUUUAAUGGCCAUGAAGGAAUCGAUUGUAAUUCUGGCGCUAGUUUUGCUGAAGCACUUGGAAUGUGUACGGCAUCAACGUCUUUUUCACGUAAAAAAAUUCCAACUUCCCCAAUCAUUUCAAUUAAAAGUAAUAAACCGGAAGCUGGUACUUCGGCUCAGAAAACCGAUAAAAUUAAGACUGAAUCGUCGUCUCCCAAGGACGAGGAAAUACUUCAUCUAUUGUCACCGAAUAUAAAAUUAAAACCAUUAAAUGUGGAUCUUGCGUCAACAUUACCAGAGAUUAGUGCUAAUUACAAACCAUUACCAGUAAAUAACAUGAAUCCAAUUUAUCGUCGAAUGGAAGAAGACAAAGCACUCAAUGAUGCUAUUUAUGCUAAAAAUAUUAGAACCAAAGUCUACUCUGGUAAUAAAACAAGUUACACAAGUGUACCGUCUCUCUACGAAUUAUGUAUCCGAGUGUUGAUAGAAAAUAUCGAAGCUCUUGAAUGUACUGGGGGAGUACCUUAUUACCUUUUAAAACCCGUACUGGAACGUGCCACCGCUGAUCAAUUGUUCAUGAUCGAACACUACAAUCCAUAUUUGAUCGAAGACACCGACACACUCUGGAAGUUCCACUGCAACCGGGAGUUCCGUAACAAAGAGCGUGAAGAAAUGGAGUCAUGGCGUGAAAUGUACAUGCGCUGCUUAGAUGAAAGAGAGGCUAAAUUAAAAACAUUGACUGCAAACAUUAAACAGUCAAUUGAUAAAUCAAUGCCAGCAAGAUCAACAAUAAUGGCUUAUGUAGACGAUGUCGUUAAACCACCAAGAAAUGUAUUAAGAAAGCAAGCUAGAUAUGGAACAUCAUCAGCAACUUCUUCCUCAGAUAUUAAGAAAAAAAUAAUAUUAACUGGUGGUACUAAUGCCGCUACUAAUGUUUCUGUACCGGCACCGCCUAUGUCACGUGUCAAAUCAUCAACAUCAGGAAUAGUUAAAAAAAAUAAAGCACCGCUAAUGGCAAAGGCUUUACAAUUGAUAAAAGGAAGAUACAAGCGAUAAAUAAUAGUAGUAAUAAUAAUUAUAAUAUAAUCCACCAUCUUUAAUUGGCUAGAACAAAAUUACAACUCGACUUGGUUAUACAAUAAACAAAUUAAAACUAUUACAUCUGUGUGAUGUAAUAACUAAUUAAAUAUAUUGUUUUUAAUUAAAGCACUCAUUAAACAACACAGUCUAUAAAUAUUUUAAAUUAGUGUUUAAAAUAAUUAACCCGCGAAAAAAUAAUUUUACUUUUUAUUUUAAAAAAUUAUUUACCGAUAAACGUAAAUUAUUUAUAAUUAAUUCAAUAAGAUUAUAUAUUGUCAUCACAACAGAUAUUAUUUGUCUAUAAAUAUAUAUAGAAAAAUUAUAUUCUUAUAUAAAUAUCAAUCAUAAUAAUAAUAAUAUUAUUAUUUCAUUUUACGACUGAUUGUAAUUUUAAUAAUUUUCAAAACUCAAUAUCUUUUAAUUCAUCACAAUUUAAUUUAAAUUUAAAAUUAAUUAAAAAUUUUUAAACGUAAAUUUUUUUUUUAAUCAAAUUAUAGUACAGAAUGUAAAUAAAAUUAUUAAUUUUUAUUAUACAAACAAUUUAAGUAAGAAAAAACAUUAAAGUGGGUACUGAGUUGUACAGUAUAUUAAAUAAAUAUACAUAAGCAUGUAAAUUGAUAUUAAUAAGAUGAAAUUUAAUUAAAAUCGUAAAUUGUUUAUAAAUUUAUAAUUUAUCAACAAUUGUUGUUAUAAAUUACUGUAAUAAUUUUUGAAUUUAACGACUGCUGUAAAGAGAGUCUACAAUAUUUUUUUAAAUAUUUAAAUUCCAUUACGAUACUUAGAAAAAAAUAAAUAAAAAAAUAAUAAGGGUGUGCGAAUAACUAGAGCUUACUUCCCACAUUAUUCAUAAUUUUUCAAAAAAUUCGAAGCUCUUCUUUUGAACGACUUGAGGGGGAAAGCUGGUCUGAGAUACAAAAAAAGCACAUUUUUGUGAUUUUUUUUUUCAGAGUAUCUGCUUUAUUAAUAUUCUCAAAAUUUGUGACAUGAUUAAGCAUCAUUCCAAGAAUAUUCUCCUAAAUUUUCAUUAAAAAAUAUUUAAAAAUAAGUCAGUGGUAGUGGGGAGAGACGAGUCACCUCAAAAAAAAAGUCUCCAUGCCGUAGGCAGGAUAACUCAUGACUGCCUCAUUUGAAAUCAAAAAACCAAAAAGAUUUCUUUAGUACAUAAGUUUGAUGGAUUUGAACGAAAGAAUAAACGAAAUAUUCAUUUUUGAAUUUUUGGUAAAGGUGCAAUCAAAAAAACUGAUUAUUGCCAAAAAUUCUCCUUUUGUUUAAUUAAAAAAUAAGUAACUGAAAAAAAAAAUCUUUCGUUCAAAUCUAAGAUAAACUUAUGUACUAAAGAUAUCUUUUUGAUUUUUUGAUUUGAGAUGAGAUAGUCAUGAGUUAUCCUGCCUACGGCAUGGAGACUUUUUUGAGGUGACUCGUCUCUCCCCACUACCACUGACUUAUUUUUAAAUAUUUUUUUAUAACAAUUUAGUAGAAUAUUCUUGGAAUGAUGCUUAAGCGUGUCACAAAUUUUCAAAAUUUUAAUAAAGAAGCUACUCUGAAAAAAAAAAUCCCAAAAAUAUCCUUUUUUGUGUCUCAGAUCUCUUUCCCCCUUAAAAUUGACGGAUAAUUCGAAAUGAUUUGAGUGAUUCUAUUUGAAUUUUGGAUCGAAUAGUGAUAUUCGAUUUAAGUCGAACUCGAUUCGCUCACCCCUAAAAAACAAUAAUUAUAUAAAUAAUUAAAUAAUUACAUAAAUAAAUUUAAUUAAUAAUUUAAAAAACUCGUAAAUUUUGUCAAUGAGAUUAAUGAGGUAUCUCGCGUUAAAAAAACAAAAAAUCAAGCAUGAAAACUCAGUUUUAAAUAAAAAUAAUUGUUAAUAAUAAAUAAUUAAUAAAAUUAUAAUUACUUGCUAAAUUACUUAAACAUUUAAAUCAAAACUAAUUAAAUUACAAACAAUAUUAAUUAUUUAUUUAUAAAAAAAAUUAAAAUUUUUACCAAAAUAAAUACCUCAAUUAAUGUGAUGUGAUAUUAUUUCUGUUUAUCACUAAUUUCAUCACUAUGUGAUAUGUAUUUUUUUUCUGUAAUUUCAUCACAACAAUUGUACAGUAGUUACGUAAAAGCAAAAAAAAAAUCGUAGCAUUUGGUGUUAAAUAAUUGAUUGUAGGAAUAAAAUUAUAUAUAGAGAACUUAAUGUUAAAAAAACGACUAAGUCGUCUGCCGUAAUCGGAAAUUAAAAAUGUAAUUUAUUUAUAAUAAAAUAUUUUUGCUUGUA